AUUAAUCUGUGGGCGGGGCUUGGUAGUAUCGCCUCCGGGCCUCAGCCUCAACAAUUCCCGAGCGGAUUGUUUGUUGUCAAAAUGGAGUUCUUACUUGGAAAUCCGUACAGCACUCCCGUGGGCCAAUGCAUAGAAAGGGCCACAGAUGGGGGCCUACAGAAUGAGGACUGGACCCUCAACAUGGAGAUCUGUGAUAUAGUAAAUGAGACGGACGAGGGGCCAAAAGAUGCCAUGCGGGCACUGAAGAAGAGACUUGGUGGCAACAAGAACUACAGAGAAGUGAUGCUGGCACUAACAGUAUUGGAGACAUGUGUAAAGAACUGCGGUCACAGGUUUCAUAUCCAGGUGGCCAACAGAGAUUUCAUCGAUGGUGUGUUGGUCAAAAUCAUCUCCCCCAAAAACAAUCCUCCAACCAUCGUACAAGACAAGGUGCUGUCGCUUAUACAGGCCUGGGCUGAUGCCUUCAGGAGUAGCCCUGAUCUAACUGGUGUGGUCCACAUUUAUGAGGAACUCAAGAGGAAAGGCAUUGAGUUUCCAAUGGCAGACCUGGAUGCAUUGUCUCCCAUCCACACACCACAGAGGGUUACACCAGAGGUGGACCCAGCCAUGAUCAAGUACUUAGCCCCUGGCUCACCUGCCGCUGGGAGUCCUAAACCUACCCUGACCCCAACCUUGACCCCAACCCUGACCCCAACCCUGACCCCUGCCUCUGCCACACCGGUCUCCCACAUGCCCAGCCCCAUCACAGCAACCCCUGAACAGAUUGCCCAGCUGCGCAGUGAGCUGGACGUAGUGAGAGGAAACACCAAAGUGAUGUCAGAGAUGCUAACGGAGAUGGUCCCUGGGCAGGAAGACGCCUCUGACCUGGAACUGCUUCAGGAGCUGAACAGAACAUGCAGGGCUAUGCAGCAGAGAGUGGUUGAGCUGAUUUCGCGCGUCUCUAACGAAGAAGUGACAGAGGAACUGCUACAUGUCAAUGACGACCUAAACAACAUUUUCCUCCGAUAUGAGAGGUACGAGAGGUACAGGUCGGGUAGAGCCUUACAGAACAAAGGGCUGAUGGAGAUGUUGAAUGAGGCCACAGAGGACAACCUGAUAGACCUGGGCCCGGGCUCCCCUGCUGUGGUCUCACCCAGGAUCAGCUCCAGCCCUCCAGUCCACUUCACCGCAGGGGCCACUGCCUCGCCAGCCCACAACCCCACUACAGCCUCGCUAUCAUCUGCACUAGCUGUUAUUGAUGUAGCUUCAGACGGCGCGAGCAGUACUCUGUCCUCUGUACCAGGCCGCAACCAGGAUGAUUUUGACAUGUUUGCCCAGACCAGGACCAGCUCUCUGGCAGAUCAGCGCAAAAAUGUAAAGUAUGAGGACCCUCAGACUCUGGGCGGCCUGGCCUCAGCUUUGGAUGUGAGACAACAGAACACAGGAGGGCUGAGGGUAAAAGGGGAUGAUAACCCAGCAGAUCAGGAGCUGCCCAUAGACAGCUGGCUUAUUACCCAAGGAAUGAUCCCCGUAUCGCAGUCCUCUGUCAUGGAUGACAUAGAGGAGUGGCUCUGUGCUGACGUGAAAGGGGAUGGUGCUGAGGAAGGGGUGACUAGUGAAGAAUUUGAUAAGUUCCUGGAGGAGCGCGCAAAGGCAACAGAUUCUCUGCCAUCUCCGCCUGGAGCUAACCCGGCUCACCCUGCUCGUGCCCCUGGUGGCUCCCACAAGAAGGCUGAGCGGACGGAAGAUGCCCUCUUUGCCUUGUAGACUGUUCUCAGAGAACCUCAACCUCUCUCUUGGGGCAUCUAAAGGUCCUCGCCGUAAUUGAUUCCUCCCAAAUCCCUCCAGUCCCAUUUCAUUGCCGACUGCCAGUGGUGUAGCAAGUGACAUUCACCCCGUCAUUCUCUUGCCACAGUGUUGCUCUAACAAGCAGAGGUCCAACAUGUUUACUGCGCACAACUGUGUUGGUUUUUACUAUGUAUGGAUGUAUUAAUCUCUUAAUGUGGGAUUUACUUCCUGCAGUCCUGCAUCUCAUUUGUAAUGCUUCACCAAAGGAAGACAACCUAACGCGUCUGAUGUGGUUUGAAAAUGUGGUAUAUUACUGCAAGAUUGAUAGAAUAAGUUCACUGCAGGUCCAUCCAUUGAGUCAGUAUGGAAGCAUACAAUUAGGAUUAUAUUGUGUUGCUUUACUACAUUUAGCUAAUUGCUAAUUUGUGCAUUUGUUUUAAUGGUUUGUUCUGUACUAUGUACUAGUGUUGUGGUUAUGGUCAAUCCAUGCAAUUUUUCUUUUCUUCACAAAUACCCCAGUUAGAGCUGUAAUCAUGCUUUUAAUACUGAGAUCUGUGUGGAAUGGAAUAUGUUUUAUUACCCAAUUUACCAAAAGCAGUGUGGAAAAAAAGACUCCUGUUAGUAGGCAAAUUAACUAACUAGGAAUAUGAUAGUUAAAGCAUAGCUACUACUGAUGAGUGUAUGCAAGUAUUGCUUUAACCAAAGGGAAUAAGUGAAAGUGAAAGUGAAAU